ACAGUAAAAGCUGUUUCCAGGGAUUACGCUGUGCAGGCUCUUCUGCUUAGUAACAACCUAUUUCCUCAGCCAAGAGACACUUAUUUGUGCACCUCUCUUUAAGUGGCUGCUUUCCAGAGAAACCAGGUAUCUUCUCAUCCCCUCUUUGAAAACGUUUCCACUGAUCGAGGAAUGUAGCUGAGCAUUUCUUUCUGGGGGACUUGGUCUGCAACAAAUUCAGCAAUGGCCAGAAAUUGCUCUGGAUGUAAAGAGAAGAGGCCAGCGCACAGUCUGUGUACCAAUUGCAACAGGUGGCUGUGCAGCUUGUGUACAGAAGAACAUGGGCAUGGCAAGGAAGCAGGAGAGCAUUUCAUGCCUGUAUCGUUGAAGAGCUGCUCCGGUGGCGAAGGGGGAGCCGGUGAUUUUGCCUUGUUUUGCCCUGUGCACAGUCAGGAGCCACUCAAGAUGUUUUGUGAGACCUGCGACAUGCUUACUUGCUGCUGCUGCCUUUUGACAGAGCACAAAGAACACAGGUUCAGGCAUCUCCAGGAAGCCUUGCAAAACCAGAGAGUCAUCCUGGAAAAUGUCACAGCUAAAGUGGAAGAGAAGAAAAGUGCAGCACAGGUCUCGGCCAAACAGAUUGAAGACAGGUUGUUUGAAGUAAAACACUUACAGAGGAAAGUGGAAAAUCAGAUAAAAAUGGCCAAGAUGGUCCUGAUCAGUGAAAUAAAUAAGCGAACAAAUGUCCUCCUGGAACAGCUAGAGAGAAUCACCAGUGAAAGGAAGCAAAAACUGGAACAACAACUUCAGGGCAUCAUGGUAUUAAACAGGCAAUUUGAACAUGUGCAGAACUUCCUCAGCUGGGCAGUGUGUAGUAAAAACAGUGUUCCAUUCCUCUUCAGUAAAGAACUGAUUGUGUUUCAAAUUCAACGUUUGCUGGAAACAAACUGUAAUACAGAUGUGAGUCCUCCUUGGAAGGUCAGAUUCACAUGGGACCCAUCUUUCUGGACAAAACAGCUCUCCAAUUUAGGUCACUUGUCAAUGGAGGGGGGACAAACCCUUCACUCCGAUGUACCAGCCUACGGAAGUAUGCAAGGAAUGCAGCCCUCUUUGUACCACCAUCACGGCCACCAUUCGCCAGCGCCGCAGCAUGACCCUCUCAACCAUCAGCCCCACCAAUUUCACCCUCCGGUCCACUGCCCCACGCCAGUGUGCUGCACCCACUGCCUUAACAUCCCACACAUGAACAAAGGGCCACUGCCCCAUCAGGCCAUGAGCCACCCUCCGGCCUUCCGGCAGCCUCCGGAAAUGCAGCAGCACCAGCAGCCUUUCCCUCUGCAGUACAGCCUGCAGCAGCACGACAGAGAGCAGAGGUGUGCGGCUCGUCCCAUGAGAACGACGCAGCCUUGCUUGGAGGCCAGGUCUCACCAGGAGCAUGAGAGCAUAUCCACCAGGGCAGCAAAGCAUGUGCAGGAUCAAGCCUCUCACCAGGCAACACACCCCGUUUAUCCUCUUCCUCCGCAGGAGGUACCCCAAGGCCAGGCUGGUGGUCAUGCCCAGCAGGGGCCAGCACAGUCUCCUCUACAGAUGCCAGCUGUGCAAGUCCAGCUCAGUCCUCUCCAGAAGGUGAAACUGAACCAUGCGCCGCAGCCGCCGCAUCAGGAGCAGCCACCCCCACUGCAGCAGCUGUCGCCGCCGCCCACAACGGGCCCAAACGAAAAAGCUCAUGAGCAAGUGAUACAGCAGAGCUUGGACAUCAUGCAUCACCAGUUUGAGCUGGAAGAAAUGAAGAAAGACUUGGAGCUUCUCCUCCAGGCUCAGCAGCCAAGCCUCCAGCUGAAUCAGGCCAAACCGCCUCAGCACGUGCAGCAAACCAUUGUGGGUCAGAUAAACUACAUUGUGAGGCAGCCGGCUCCGGCUCAGCAACAAAGCCAAGAGGAAGCGCAACAAGUUGGUGAAGAUUCCACUGAGCCUGAAGGUCAAAAGCCAGUCCUUCCCCUUGACAGAAAUGUGAUUCCACCUGUGUCACAACCAUUAGAAGAAGCUAUUGUCCGUAUUCAGUCCCCAGAGAAUACUUUGAAUCCAGUGAGAAAGCAUUCAGGUUCACUGAGCAUUGUGGGCUUAUCAAAUGCUUUAGACAUGGAGUUGUCUUCAACAAGGGCAUCCAGGUCAUCUGAUCUACAGACACAAGAGGUCUCUGCUGUAAUAUCUGGCCAGUCCCAAAGUAUGCCACAUGUCACUGAUGUGCAGUUGGAAUCCGCACCAAGUUUCAGCCUGGCCUUGGACAGAACUACAAAUCACUCGAGCUCUGAGACUACAGACCACUUUGCAACAGGUGCCAUGCCCCUGGGGAGUGCAGUGUGCAAGCUUGAAAAUGAAGAAUUUGGCCCUGUGAAUUACCCUCGUGGAAAUGACUCUGCUGCGGUUGAGGCAAAAGACAGUAAUGAGUUAGCUCUUUCUAUGGAAAAUAUUCUGGAAGAGCCUAUUAAUCUUUCGGUGAAGAAGACUCAGCUGUGUGUCUCUCCGCACAUCUGUAUCACCAACUCUUCCUGCAUACAGCCCUCUAAUCCACAGCAACCAAGACAUGUUGAGGAUUGCCAUAACUGUGAAGAGGGACUUUUUGAAAUGGAAAUUAAGAGUAACCAGAACAACAGAGCUUGUGCCAAAGAGGUGAAGGUCCCUUACGUGUGCCUGGAGCGGCUGAAGAUACGUACAUCAGAAUCUGGAGAGCUUCCAGUAUUCAAACUGCAGCCACAGAAGAAUGAACAUGAUGGGACUUUCCUGUUGAUAAUUGAAUGCGGUACUCAGUCAUCAAGGAUGGCUAUUAAGGCCAAUCAAGGAAAUCUACCUAAUGCCAAGGUCAAUCAAGGUAAUCCACCUAAUGCCAAGGCAAGUCAAGGAAAUCCACCUAAUAAAGGACUAAAUGCCAAGCCUGAGAAGACAGAGGGCCGAAGAAUCCUUUCAAGCCAACCAGCAGAGCAAGUGUUGCCUUCUUCUGAGGAUCAUCGGCUCAGUAACAGUCUGAAGAAAGCUAUGGUUCCCCAGGAAGACAGCCCUAUUGAGAACGAGGACUUCUGUGCUGUUUGCCUGAAUGGGGGAGAGCUGCUGUGCUGUGAUUACUGCCCAAAGGUGUAUCACCUCUCGUGCCACGUUCCUGCCUUGCUCAGCUUUCCUGUAGGGGAAUGGGUGUGUACACUUUGCCGCAAUGUUGAGAAGCCAGAAGUAGAAUAUGACUGUGAAAACACACGCUGCAGCAACACACUAAUGCGUGCAAGACCACCUUAUGGCCUUGAUGACUAUGACCAGAAGAAGUGUGAGAAACUGGUACUUUCACUGUUCUGCAAUAGCCUGAGCCUGCCAUUCCAUGAACCAGUCAGCCCCCUAGCUCGUCAUUAUUAUCAGAUCAUCAAAAGGCCUAUGGACUUGUCCACUAUCAGGAAAAAACUCCAAAAAAAGAACAACUUCCACUACUCCACCUCUGAGGAGCUGGUAGCUGAUGUGCGCCUUAUGUUCUGGAACUGUGCGACAUUCAAUUAUCCUGAUUCAGAGGUUGCUGAGGCUGGACGAUGCUUGGAAAUAUUCUUUGAAAGCAAGCUGAAAGACAUUUACCCAGAAAAACAUUUCUCCUUGAUUCAGCAAGAUGAUUCUGAUUCAGAGGAAGUGGAGCAUGAGACGAGCCAAGCAGCUUCCAAGGGAUUCCAUUGGCCCUCAUACAGACAAGAGUGUAUCCAGCCCAAAAGAAGGCGACGACAUGCUGAAAGUGAAAAAACUAAAAGGCCGAUGUUUUGGCCAGCUAAAGGACUUUCUCAGGUGUGACCUGCACUGGUGC